AUGUCUGGAAGUCACUAAUUCAACUCCAAAUACUGCAAGGUACUAAGCAAUCAAGUCGGCAUUUAAGUUUUUUCUGUAGUCAUUCACACCCAAUUUUAUUUUUUUCUCUCUUAGGCAUCAUUAAUUAAAACUUAAAAUAUUUUUCAACAGAAAUUUUUACAAAACUAUAAUUUAGAAAUUGGUAUUAUUUGUUCAACUUAAGAAUAUAAAAAUUCAUUAAAAUAUAUCAUCUAAGCUAAGAUUUAUAAAUGUUUGCUUGGAGAAUAACGUGUUGAUAAUGGAUGUUAAAUUUGUGAAUCAAAUCAAGAUUUCUAUUCUGGAACAUAUAAUUCAAUUAAUUGUUUUAUAUUUGAUAAAGAGUAUUUCAGGAGAUUACUUCAAAUUAAGUAAAGCUAGUGGAAGGAUAUUGGAGACCAAAUUAUUUAUCAGAUGAAUCUACUUUACUUUAUGUUUAAAAAUAACAAGGAUUUGCUUAGAAAGAUGGAAUGUUGGAGAUGCAUUUUUAGUGUGAUCUGUUCUUGUUCUACAAAAUUAAGGAAGUUUUAAUUAAUUUCUUUUUAAAUUAAAUCAAGGUACUCUAUUGUAAUAUUUUAGAUCUUCAGGCUAUUCUAAUAAAAUGCUCUUAAAUUAUUUAUGGAUAUUUUCAUUUAUACUCUCAUUGAAUAUUAGUUUUUCCUUUUAAUUUAACUUUGUUAAUUAAGUUAGAAAUUAAUCUUAUUCAAUGGCUAAUAAUUUGUAUUGCUACUUUAAGGACAAGCAAAAUAAUAAUAAAAAUAAAAUGAUUUUUUCAAGCAAAAAUAUAAUCAGUAAGAAAUCAAAUUUUUAGCUUGAAUACUUCAUUUUUUAAUCUAUCAUUCCAACAAGUAAUAAUCGGUUAUUCAAAAAUUGCUUUAAGCUAAUUUAAAAUCUUUAGAUCAAAUUUUACAGAAUGCAUGAUUUAUAACAAUUAUUAAAGAAGUAAAUUAGUUAAUGUUGUUUGCAUUCAAGAAUAUGA